AUGUGGGAAGAGAUUGCGGAUGCAGCUGCAGCGGCAGCAGCAGAAUCGACUCAGUGUCCGCCCAAAGGUGCUGCAAACACGAACGAAGCAGCAGCAGCAGAUGCAGAUGCAGAUGCAGAUGCAGAUGCAGCAGAAGCAGCAGCACAUGAUGAUGCUGCGCGAGAAGCAGCGUCAGCAGCCACCGUCUCCCCUGCAGCAGCAAAUUCAUCUUCAUCAGCUACAGCCUACAUGGGUGCACUCUCCUGCUCCGCAGCUGCCCAACCAGCAGCAGCAGCACCGGCACCAGCAGCAGCAGCAGCAGCAGCAGCAGCAGCAGGAGGUGUCGGCCGCAUCCGUUUGCUGCCUGAGGAAGUGGUGCGGCGUAUAGCAGCAGGAGAGGUAGUAAGCCGCCCGUCUGCAGCUCUGAAAGAGCUUUUAGAAAACAGUUUAGAUGCUGCAGCUCUGCGGGUGUCUGUACACUGCGUAGGCGGAGGGAUAAAGCUGCUGCAGGUUUCUGACAAUGGCUGCGGUGUUGCUGCAUGCGAUUUGCCGCUGCUGUGCAUGCGACACUGCACAAGCAAGCUGCAGCAUCUGCAGCAGCUGCAGCAGCUGCACUCGUUUGGGUUUAGAGGAGAGGCGCUUGCUGCUCUCUCUAUGGUUGCUCGGCUUAGCAUAACUACGAAGCAGCGAGGCAAUCAACACGGCUUGCAGUGUACAUACACCUCAGGCGUUCUUUCAGAGGAGCCGAAGCCCUACCCCAGGACAGCAGGCACAACAAUAAAAGCUACAGAUUUAUUUCAUAACUUGUCUGCAAGAAGAGCGCUCUUCCUCUCUGCUUCUGCUGCUAAAGCACCAGCAGCAGCAGCAGCAGGAGUAGCAGCAACAGCAGCAGCGCCAACAACUGCAGCAGCUGCAGAUGAAUAUCUACGCUGCUUGCAAGUCGUGUCGCGCUACGCACUUAAUAAUCCACAUGUUGCAUUUAGUAUGCGGAGGCAGCAACAGCAGCAGCAGCAGCAGCUACCUGAUCUCAACACGCAUGCAUUCGGGCUGGCUGAGGCGAAGCAGCUUCUGCUGCAGCUGAGAAGACAGCAGCGCAGACAGCAGCAGCAGCACGCACAAGCCACCAACACCAGCAUGGACACAAGCAGCAACAGCAGCAGCAGCAUGAGCUGCAGCUGCUGCUGCACAGAAGAAGAAGAGCGGCUACCCACAGAAGCGGAGUUGCGGCUGCUGCGAGGCAUCGCUUUGCUGCAGGGAGGGGCCCUUAAAGUGAUUGAGCGGACGCAUGGUGCAGCAGUAGCAGCAACGCUGCUGCCUAUACACCUCAAGUCUAAGCUGCCCGCAGCUGCUGUCAGCUUCCUUCGCAGCCAGCAGCAACAGCAGCAGCAGCUGCUGCGGGAGCUGCAGCAGCAGCGGGAAAACAAUGACAAUGAUACUCCUGCAGACACUACCACCACCAGCAGUAACAGCAGCAGCAGCAGCAGCAGCAAUAGCAGCAGCAGCAGCAGCAGCAGCAGCAGUAGCGAUAGUAGCAGCAGCGAGAGUGUCUGCCCGUUGUUACGGGAGUUGGCGUCGUUGCUGUCUGCUGGCGACGUUGGUUGUGGCGGCUCUCUUGCUUCUUCUUCUGCUGCUGCUGCUGCUGCUGGCAUGCCUGCUGCUGCUGAGGUGUAUCUACACGACUUAAAGGAGGGGGAGUGGCGGGUGACGGGUUUAAUCUCAGAAGCAAACAAAGGACAGAAAAAUGCAUCUUUCUGCUUCUUCAUCAACUCAAGGCUUGUUGAAUGCCCUGCACUUAAGCGGAGCGUGGAAGGUGUAUACGGGCAGCUGAUGCCUCGGGGCCAGCGGCCUUUUGUUUAUUUGUCUCUUGAGCUUCCUGCUGCUGCUGUUGAUGUGAAUGUACACCCCAGCAAGACGCAAGUCCGCUUCCUUCAUGAAGACCUCAUCGCAGAGCAAAUCGCUCAGGCCCUUCUGGAGAUCCUUAGUGGCCAAACCUCUUCAAAGGCGCUGCUGCUGCAGCAGCCGGUCCCGGCUGAGCCCCAGCUGAAGCAGCAGCAGCUCGUGCUGGUGUCGCAGGGCGAAGCCACGCAGCAGCAGGAGAAGGGAGACCCUCUAAACCCACGCAGCAGCAACAGCAGCAGCAGUAGCAACAGCAGCAGCAGCAAGCCGGCGCUGAAGCCGACAAGGACCCGAACAGACGCGCGGCAGCUGCCGCUCAGCGCCUUCUGGCAGCACGACCUUUCUUCACAGCAACAGCAGCAGCAACAGCAGCAAAAGCAGCAGCAGCAGACGGCAUGCAACAGCACCAGCAACAUUUCUACAGCAGCAGCAUCGCAAGAGAGUCCUCAUGAGAUGCAGCUGAUUCCUCAGUCGCAGCAGCAACAGCAGCAGCAGCAGCAGCAGCAGCAGCAACACGAGGAUCAAUCUGUGGACGGAGUGCCUGCACCAAUGGAAUCAGCAGUGCAGCGCAAGGAGGAGGAGCAGCAGCAAGACCCUCCGGCAGCAGCAGCAGCAGUGCCUGGCAGCAGCCAGCAGCAGCCCGUGCUGCGUCUGUUUGAUGACAGAGCGCAGGGGGGACACAUACUGGAGAGAGUUGCUCCAGGCUGCAGCAGCAGCAGCACCAGCUGCGGCACUAGGCGGACGGAUGCCGGGAGACUCCGCAGCGUGCGGCAGCUGCUGCAGCGCUGCGCAGAGGCUGCAGCAGACGAACCAGCCAACGGCAGCAGCAGUAACAGCAGCAGCAACAGCAGCAGCAGCAGAGACAGCACAACAGCACUGCAAGGGUGUUCGUAUGUUGGAGCGGUGAACGCCAGGAUGGCGCUGCUGCAGCGAGGAGACUGUCUCCUUCUCGUCGAUCUCCCGGCCGUCGCCAGAGAGUGCGUAUAUCAAUCCAUUCUGCAUCGCCUGGGCCGACUACCAGUGGUGCGUCUGCAAGUGCCUCUCAAAGUAGAAGCAGCCCUCUGUGCUGCGCUGCAGCAGCAGCAGCAGCAGCAGCAGCAACUACUGCAGCAGCAGCCACAGCAACAGUUGCAGCCGCAGCUGCAGCAGGACCUGCAUCAGCAGCAGCAGGAAGCGCGUGCGCUGAGCUCGAUGCUGCUGCAGCGGCGCGCGUUGCUAGCAGAUUACUUUGGGUUAGUGCUGCAAAGAGACAGGUCUCUCUCUAAUGGAGACAGCUGUCUCCUCGGCCUGCCUUUGUGCUGCGGCCGCCACCUGCCUUCUCCUUCUCGCCUGCGGCACUUGCUGCUUCAGCUGGCUACCGAGGUAAACUGGAAUGAGGAGUCUGCGUGCCUGCAAGGCAUCGCUCGUUUGCUAGCGGACGCAUACACCGCAGUUGAGGACAGGGAUGAAGCAGCAGCAGCUUCUGCAGCUUCUGUUGCUGUUGCUGCAGCCGCGGAUACGGCGCAGCGGCAGCAGAUGCAGCAAGAGAACAGCAGCAGUUCUCUUAUGCUCCAGCAGAAGACAUUGCUUCGUGAGGAAGCAGCAGCACACAAGGGCUGUGGGGAUUUGGAGCAGCAAAUGGCUGCAAGCGCAGAGACACGACGAAUGUUUAGCAGCGUGCUGAUGCCUGCUCUUCGCUUCUACUGGAAAGCGCGUUUACCAAAACGCUUCUUCUCUGACGGGACAGUGAAGGAGGUAACAAACCUUAAGGCGCUCUACAGAGUCUUUGAGCGGUGCUAA